GCCCUAUGGUCAGGACAGCAGCAGCCAUGGCACCGCCGGGAAUCAGCCUGGAUUUCAAGCGGUCGGACGAGUAUAAGUCGUGGUAUUCCGCUAUCAAGGGUGAGCAUCCGCAGCUGCCCGACUAUCUAAUUGAUAUUGCGAUUGCAACUUACCGCUCCGCGGAUCCCAAGUGGAUCAAGGAGCUGGUGCGCCAGGCCAAGAAAGAGGAGCGCACGGCAGCGGGCAAGGCACGCCACACCACACCCACCCCACCCACCAGCACCACCGUUGAGGACGCUGUGCGCGUGCUCAACCCAGAGCAGCUGCCCGAAACCCCCAUGGUCAAGGUCGUGGACGCAUGAGAAAAACCUUGCCAAAUAGCAAAACGCCAUGCGAUUCUUCCGCAUCCAGCUGAGCUCUGCGAACGUGGUGCAGGGGGACUGGCGGGAUGGCAUGCACUUCAUCGACCUGCCAGAGUGGCUUGCGGGGGACACCUCCGAUUGGCAGAUAGCCAUCGAGUCAUUCAUUGUCAGCGUGAAUACUGUGCCCGCAAACGCGCCAUACUUUAUUGAGAGCA